CUUUGAUGUGAGCCGUUGGAGAACCAAAGAACCGGAGAACCGGAGAACCGCCGCGGCAGCAGGAUGGGCAAGAAGCAGAAGAAAACCGGAGAGGACAGCACCAAAGAUGACGGCGUGGACAUCGACGCUCUGGCUGCAGAGAUCGAAGGAGCCGGAGCCCAGAAGGAGCCGAAGGGGAAGAAGAAGAAGAAAGGAGCCAAGAAGGAGGACUUCAAUGAGGACGACAUCCUGAAGGAGCUGGAGGAGUUGUCUCUGGAGACUCAGGGAGGAAAGGAAGCUGUGGAGGAGGAGGCGAUCCUGGAGCCUCCCAAACCAGAGAAGAAGAAGACCAGGAAGGGGAAGAAGGGCGGGGCCAGCCUUGAAGAGGAGCAGGAGGAAGGAGGAGAAGCUCAGGCGGAUGAGGAGCACAAGAAGGCUCCUCCCCCCGACUCCGAUGAGGACAGCAGCUCACGACCCCUCCUCCAGACCAGAGGAGGCAACAAGGAGGAGGAGGACAAAGACCUGAGAAGAAGAGGAGGAGGAGGAGCAGGAGGGAAGGAGGCCGGCUCAGAAGAUGACAUGGAAGGAGACUUCACCUACCGGACGGAGAAGAAGAAGUACAAAGGCAAAGCGGCGAAGCCCGACAGCGAGGGGGAGGAGGAGGCGGAGCAGCAGGAGCAGCAGCAGGAGGAGGUGGGAGGCUUCAAGAUGAAGACGGCGGCGCAGAAGAAGACGGAGAAGAAGGAUAGGGACAAGAAGAAGAAGGAGGAGGAGAGGAUGAAGCAGAAGAAGCUGAAGGAGAAGGAGGUGCUGGAGCCACAGAAAGAGCCCGAGAAGGAGGCGCAGGCCACGCCCCCUCAGGAAGCUGCACCUAUAGCAGGGGAGGAGGAGCAGGAGGAGGCGGAGCCAGCCGGUGAAGAGGAGGUGGAGGGCGACAAGAAGAAGAAGAAGAAGAAGAAGGGGGAGAAGGUGGAGAAGGAGGAGAAGAAGAAGGGCCCCAGCAAGGCCACGGUGAAGGCCAUGCAGGAGGCCCUGGCCCAGAUGAAGGAGGAGGAGGAGGCGGCCAAGAGGGAGGAGGAGGAGCGCCUCGUCCGGCUGGAGGAGAUGGAGAAGGAGCGGCUGGAGCAGGAGCGCCUGGAGCAGGAGCGCAAGGAGAAGAAGAAGCAGAAGGAGAAGGAGAGGAAGGAGCGUCUGAAGAAGGAGGGCAAGCCGCUCACCAAGACCCAGAAGGAGGCGCGGGCGCGGGCCGAGGCCACGCUGAAGCUGCUGCAGGCGCAGGGUGUUGGGGUCCCGUCUAAAGACGACUCUGUGCCGAAGAAGAAGCCGGUGUACGGGGACAAGAGGAAGAAGAGGCCGGCCGUCCAGACCCCUGAAGAAACCUCAAAGGUGAUGCCGCCCGUCUCCGAGACGCCCGAGCCUGUUGCCAUGGAGACGGAGGCUGAGACGCCAACCUUAGAGCCCGAGAUGAAACCAGAGGCGGCAGCAGACGACUGGGAGGCCAUCGUCACAGACGAGGAGAAAGAGCUGAAGAAGGUCCACAUCGAGGUGAGGGAGGACCGCGCUGCUCCUCCUCAUUCUGCGGGCAGCGACAAAGACGAGGGGGAAGAUGAGGGGGAAGACGAGGUGGAAGACGAGGUGGAGGAGGAAAGCGAGGAGGAGAAGGAGGCGACGCCGGCGGCUCCGAGUCACGGGAAGAAGAAGACGGAGGAGUGCAGCUCGAGUGAGGACGACGAGCAGAGGACCAAGGAGGAGCGUCUCUACGACCGGGCCAAGAGGAGGAUCGAGAAGCGGCGUGCGGAGAACCUGAGGAACGUGGACCUGGAGGUCCUGAGGUCUCCGGUGGUCUGUGUGCUCGGCCACGUGGACACGGGCAAGACCAAGCUCCUGGACAAGCUGCGACACACCAACGUCCAGGACGGGGAGGCUGGAGGGAUUACGCAACAGAUCGGAGCCACCAACGUCCCCAAGGAAACCAUCGAGGAGCAGACCCGGAUGGUGAAGGGCUUUGACAAAGAAAACCUCCGGAUCCCUGGCAUGCUGAUCAUCGACACACCGGGCCACGAGUCCUUCAGUAACCUGAGGAACAGAGGCUCCUCCCUCUGUGACAUCUCCAUCCUGGUGGUGGACAUCAUGCACGGCCUGGAGCCGCAGACGCUGGAGUCCAUCAACCUGCUGAAGGAGAAGAAGUGUCCCUUCAUCGUGGCCCUCAACAAGAUCGACCGCCUGUACGACUGGAAGAGGAGUCCAGAGACGGACAUCGUGGUGACGCUGAAGAAGCAGAAGAAGAACACGAAGGACGAGUUUGACGAGCGGACCAAGGCGGUCAUCGUGGAGCUCGCUCAGCAGGGUCUGAACGCCGCCCUGUUCUUCGAGAACAAAGACCCGCGCACCUUUGUGUCCCUGGUGCCGGUGUCGGCGCACAGCGGCGACGGCAUGGGGAACCUCAUCGCGCUGCUGGUGGAGCUCACGCAGACGCUGCUGGCACGCCGCCUGGCGCGCUGCCACGAGCUGCGGGCGCAGGUCAUGGAGGUGAAGGCCAUCCCCGGCAUGGGGACCACCAUCGACGUGAUCCUGAUCAACGGCUGCCUGCGGGAGGGACAGACCAUCAUCGUGCCGGGGGUGGAAGGGCCCAUCGUGACGCAGAUCCGGGGGCUGCUGCUGCCCCCCCCCCUGAAGGAUCUCCGCAUCAAGAGCCAGUACGAGAAGUACAAGGAGGUGAACACGGCUCAGGGGGUCAAGAUCCUGGGGAAAGACCUGGAGAAGACGCUGGCAGGGCUCCCCCUGCUGGUGGCCUACCAGGAGGACGAGAUCCCCGUGCUGAGGGAUGAGCUGGUGCGGGAGCUCAAACAGACGCUGAGCUGCAUCAAGCUGGAGGAGAAGGGCGUGUACGUCCAGGCCUCCACGCUCGGCUCCCUGGAGGCGCUGCUGGAGUUCCUCCGGACCUCCAAAGUCCCCUACGCUGGGAUCAACAUCGGCCCGGUCCACAGGAAAGACGUGAUGAGGGCGUCGACCAUGCUGGAGCACGACCUGCAGUACGCGGUGAUCCUGGCGUUUGACGUGAAGGUGGAGCGUGAAAGCCAGGAGAUGGCUGACAGUCUGGGGAUCCGUAUCUUCUGGGCGGAGAUCAUCUAUCACCUGUUUGACGCCUUCACCAAGUUCAGAGAGGACUACAAGAAGGCCAAGCAGGACGAGUUCAAGAACAUCGCGGUGUUCCCGGCGAAGCUGCGUAUUCUUCCUCAGUUCAUCUUCAACUCCAGAGACCCCAUCGUGAUGGGCGUGGUCGUGGAGGCCGGCGUCCUGCGCCAGGGAACGCCGCUGUGCAUCCCCACUAAAGGGUUCGUGGACGUGGGCGUGGUGACGAGCAUCGAGAUGAACCACAAGGCCGUGGACAGCGCCAAGAAGGGCCAGGAGAUCUGCAUCAAGGUGGAGCCGAUCCCCGGGGACUCGCCCAAGAUGUACGGGCGCCACUUUGAGUUCACCGACCUGCUCAUCAGCAAGAUCACAAGGUCGUCCAUCGACGCUCUGAAGAACUGGUUCAGGGACGACAUGACGAAGAACGACUGGCAGCUGAUCAUGGAGCUGAAGAAGACCUUCGAGAUCAUCUGAGGGACCACACACACACACAUGCACACACAGACACACACACACGCACACAGACACACACACACAGGCACACAUGCACACAUGCACACAGACACACAUGCACACACAUGCACACACAUGCACAUGCACACACACAGACACACACACCCACACAGUAUUCCAACGUGCCUGCUCUUCAGCAUCAACGUUCUUCUCUGGUUUGUCCCAGGCUCCGCCCCCAGACUUAACGAGCUUAACGAGGAGCCAAACACAGGUGCAUUGUGGGACUUGUGUUCCGCGGCAGCCGGCUGGUUUCACAGCAGACGAACUGAAGCGUUUCAAAGACUUUCAGGAGCUUUUAAACUGUUGUGCUGAUGUAAUAAACUCCCACGUUCCUGAUGGACCCUGAA